AAAUGGCACCCACCAGCGUCCAGCACCCGCCACAAGUGACAACCACCUUCCUGGGCGGGGAGUCACCAAAAGACUGGCGCCCCGCCAGCGACCACGCAAGCAGAGCAAAUUACUCACAAGGCGAUGUAAGACCUCAACCCAACCCGCUCUCCCCUUGUGGGGAAGGACUUGGACUAUGCCAAGUCUCCAGCCAGCAACGCAGAGAAGCGGACCUCUGCACGGGUCUGGGACCAGGGAGCUUCCUCACCGCCUCUCCACUCAGCAGAGGGACCGGCAGCUCUCAGAGGCUCAAUCCACCUCACCCAUUCCAUAGCCGACCUGAACAGAGACUGCAUGAAGUGGCCCAUUAGUGGCAUCGGCUGAUUCUCUGGCCCUCCGAGACUGGCGCUCCCUAACUGUUGCCAAACCUCCUACCACUGCCGACCACCCUCACAACUCUCACGGACGCUCUCCGGACCCGCAUACCAGAGACUCGGGCUGUGACGGACGAGGGGGUCAUGCUAUACCCCACAACUGAGUACCGGACUGUUGUUGCCCUUUGUCUUACCAUUUGGUAAUUAUUAGUACCCAGGUUGAUACCCAGCUAACGUAAACUAUAUCCCCUAUGACCCCGCAGCCACACACCACUUAUUGCAGCCCACACAGGACGCUAAUGUCCGUGAUUAACACGUGACUCCCUGCACAUAGACAGAACCAUAACACUUGCGUAGCCAACCACCCGCCACACAACACGCUCAUCACGCCUAAGUUUCCCCACACGCACCACCUAUCCACAGUGGGAAUAUUAAACCUUAAAGCCAUACCUACUUUGUGUCUUUUCUACUCAGAUCAGUCGCUAGUAUAUAAAAUGUAUGUCUCACACCUAUGCAUAAUUAAGCAUAACUGUACUGUUUUAUUUAGCAAGGUCUAGCAUGUUUAUGGUCAGCAAGAAAUGUCACAAUCACUGCUGUACAUCGGCUUGUCUAACUAGCCUUACGGGCAACCCGCCGGUAAUAAUUUUUCACGCUAGCCAGGAUUCAGCAAUUGUGUUUCUCAUCUUAGAGAUCUAUCACACAGGGCUAUCCUGUGUCUCUUGAUUACUAUUGGAUCCUUUAAAAAGUACAUCUCAUUUAGACAUUCAGAGACCUAACCAAAGAAAUGUUAAUGUUAAUUUGUUUAGCAUGUAAUUUAGGCAUGGACUUCAAUGCAGACUAAUGUCACAAACGACUAGAAAAACCUGUACCCUAUAAGCCUGACGAGCUGAUGAUAAUCUUGUGCACGAUCUCUCAUCUGCCCAAAUAGCAAUCUGGAUGCACAUACUUAGCGUGUAAUGUUUCUCUUCUUUUAUUAACUAAACGGUUGUUAAGCAUAGCGUUACCAUAAAAUCUAAUUGUUUGUACCAAAAGAAUUGUUCUCUUAUACCUUCACGAAAAAUGUGUAAUUGUCACGCAUGCCACGUCUAUGUCAAGACAUGUAACCUCUAAUAUGCUGAUCUGUGCUAUCGUGGCAAAAUCAGCUUGCCUGUUACUUGAUUUUUACACA